CAUCAGACAACCAACAAUCUUCAACCCAACUUCCAAAGCAAAUCAAACCCAAAGACUUCACGUCAACAACUUACACAAACAAUCAACAUGGAUACUAUCAAGAACACCGCCAACUACGUCUCCGACAAGGUUCAGGGUGCCGGCCACGGUGCUUCCAAGGAAGCCAACAAGCAGACUGCCAAGGAUAGCGACGCCCCCGUCGGCUCCCGCAUCAAGUCUGCCGGCAACGCCGUCUCUGAUAAGGCAAAGGAGUCGAAGAGCGACACCUCGGCCGAGGCCAACAAGCAAGCUGCCACCCACUAAGCUUCCUUCGACAACACUGGUUGGGAAAGGGCUGGGUUCGUUAUGAAGGCGUUCAGGGAGACAGAUAUCCUUUAGUGAUAUUUUGGGAGGACACUUGUACUAUCAUACCCUCACGAUGGAUUACCUUCAAGAAGCUUGCAAAUAAACACACUGGCUUUUGCUAGA